CCCCGCCAUAAAUUUUCAACUGGGUUCCAAGAAGGAGGAAAGGUUCCAACUUUGAGCUGAAUUUCGGUUUUUGGUUUUUUCCCCCUCUGGGUUUGUUGGAGAAAGAGAAAUGGGGAAUGUGACGUCGAACGUGGCGGCGAAAUUCGCCUUCUUCCCACCAGACCCGCCGACGUAUGACGUGCUGGAGGAGGAAGAAGGGAGGCUGGUGGUACCAGGUGUCACGGCGGACAAGAACAUGGAUGUCCAUACGUUGGAUACCAAAGCUGGGAACAAGGUUGUGGCCAUGUUCUGGAAGCACCCUUUUGCCAGAUUCACCCUUCUCUAUUCCCAUGGCAACGCCGCCGACCUUGGCCAAAUGCAUGAGCUCUUCAUCGAGCUCAGGGCUCAUCUCCGAGUCAACAUCAUGUGCUAUGACUAUUCAGGCUAUGGAGCAUCUUCUGGAAACGCGCCGGUCACCAGCGUCGUGAAGCUGAAGGUGGUUGACACAUCAAUUUGGUCGAUGGCGAGCUCUGUCAGUGCCAGCUACACGUUGCGAACUGCGGCAACGACGAACUGCGCGUCGGCGUCGUCGCCAACAUAGACGACGGAAAUUCGCGUGCGGGGAUAGAACGACACUACGUUGUGCCGGAGCCACUCUGCUGCGGAAGACGGAGAUUUCGCCAUUUCUUGAACCAGAUGGUUCAGAACGGAGAGCAGCACGCUGGCCUCGGUGAAAGACAAGGCCCGCGUCAGGCUCGGUGUUGGAUCCAAAAUCCGCACAGAGCAGAAUCCGAGAGCCACCACCGCUGAGGCGAUGGUCUCCAGGAGGCAGGAGGUGCUGCGAGGACGGAGAUGAACUGCGACUGGAAUUCGCUGGGCGGCGGCGGUGGUAGUGCGGCGGCGGAGUAGGUAACUCCAACAGCAUCAGGGUUUGGUCGGUAGGGUAUGGAGAUUAGAAGAAAUUAGUUUUAAUAUU